AUGAGAGGAAAGAGAUCAAAGCAAUAUCGCAAGCUCAUGGACCAGUACGCCAUGACCUUUGGGUUCCGUGAGCCCUACCAGGUCUUGGUGGACGCCGAAAUGGUUCAAGACGCAUGUCGUUUCAAAAUGGAUCUUGCAGCUGGUCUGGAGCGAACUGUCCAUGGCAAAGUAAAGCCUAUGAUUACGCAAUGCGAAAUCAGAAAACUAUAUGGAAAGAAGUCGGAAGCCGGCGUUUAUGAGGCUAUUGAGCUUGCAAAAUCAUUUGAGCGACGACGAUGUGGCCACCACCCCGACGAGUUCCCCGAGCCGCUCAGCACCAAAGAAUGUAUGUCAACAGUUGUCGACCCUAAACAAAACGGAGAGAAUAAGCACAGAUAUGUCGUCGCCAGUCAGGGCCAGGAUGUCAGAAGAAUGCUACGUGGAGUCAAAGCGGUUCCCUUGAUUUACAUCAAGAGAAGCGUCAUGAUUAUGGAACCCAUGGCAGACGAAUCGGCACAAGUCAGAGCCCGCGAAGAGCGAGCCAAGUUUAGAGCCGAACUUAAGCCUCAGCUUGGAAAGAGAAAGAGGGAUGGUGAGGGAGAUGACCAGGAGAAGGGCACAGAUAAGCCUACAGCAGUAGAGAGUGUUCCCAAGAAACCCAAGAAGACACCGGGAGCUAAGGGACCAAACCCUCUCUCCGUUAAGAAGGCCAAGAAGAAGGUCACUGAGAACAAAGAAAACAACAAACCUAAAACAGAGGAAUCUGUGGUUGAAGAUGCCACAGCAAACGAGGAACCUGCGGAAGCUGCACCAAAGAAGGCGAUUAAGAAACGCAGAGGAAAGAGAAAGGCGCAGCGCGACGGGGACAAGGAUGCCACUGCGGAGACCGGCCCCGAACCUGCUGCAGCCGCAGCGGACGGUGGUGAUGAGGAUUAA